UCGGGCCGGGAGGCUAAAGUUGGGGAGGAUCGUGGGGACGCUAGCGUGGAGUAGGGGCAGAGGAGGGACUAGCUCCGGGGUUGAGAAGAGGAAAUGGAAUGGUGGAAGGUUGGAGGCGGGGAGAAAAAAAGAGGGAGAUGGGGCGGAGGGGAGGGGGCCUAGGAUCCAGUGGCGGCCCUGGGGGAGGGGGUCCAGGACCCGGGAACCCGAAGUAGGUGUGCAGGCCCUGGAGAAGCAGAGUCACGAGUUUGAGGAGAAUUUCUUAACCGAGAGUAAAGAAGCCUGGAGCUUGUGGCUGCGGCCCGUCUGUGCCAGGCCGCUGGGAGAGGAAAGGGGUCUUUUCUGUGGAGGAGGAUAGUAGGGAAGAGGGGCAGAGAGACAUGGAAGAUACUGGGCAGGUUUGGUAAGGAGGGAACUAAGGCCAGUCAAAUGACCCUCUUCCAGACUUAGGUCGGUUUUCCACAGUUCCUAUAGCAGCGUCUGCCCCAAUUUCAGCUGACGACUCAGGGGCCCCAGGGACUGGAAGAAAUCGCAGUGCCUGCUUGGAAAGAAGAGGUAGCGACUUGCCCCAGCCCAACCCCAGAGCGGGUACCUGCUGUCACCAACUCCUGAAUUCACUCUUGCAGCGUGUUUACUUCUUUUGAUCUUUUCUUUUGAGAGCCUUGUUACCUGGGGUCAGCGAGCUGGACUCACUGGUUGGCAGGGGGAGUGCUGCACUUCCACGUGGCAUGAUUUCUGGAUGGGAGAAAGCCCCUGAGGGUGUAGUGCUCCGGAAUUGGGCUGCUCACAAACCAAGCUGUCUGUUUAUAUGGAGUGCCUGGAGGGCGUCUGCCAUGAGUCUGUCGCUAACCGCUAACCGUGCUAACCGGGAGAGCUGGCUGACUGGGGAGAAGACACUAACCCUGAUGAUAAUUUAGGAUCAACUGCAAAGUUCUCAGGGUUGGGGAGGUUGAAGAAAACCUUGGCAUGGCUGUGAGAAAUUCCCUGAGCAGAAGAGUGAAGCUACUUAAAAGCUGGAGGUCAGAACCAGGAGCUGUUGGCUAGAGGAAGUGAAGGGGCCGUGGGAUGCGGAGAGCCCCGGGCUAACUUCCGGACAGCGGAACAGAGCGAGCUGCCGACAGACGGAUGCAGGUCGAGGAGCCCUCACCUCCCAGAAUGACCAGUGCGGCCCCUGCUAAGAAACCCUACCGUAAGGCACCACCUGAGCAUCGGGAGUUGCGGCUGGAAGUUCUUGGAUCCCGGCUGGAGCAGGAGGAGCCCCUGACUGAUGCGGAGAGGAUGAAGCUGUUGCAGCAGGAGAAUGAGGAGCUUCGCCGGCGCUUGGCCUCAGCCACCAGGCGCACUGAGGCCCUGGAGCGUGAGCUGGAAAUCGGGCAGGACAGCCUGGAGCUGGAGCUGGGCCAGAGCCGCGAGGAGCUGGACAAGUUUAAGGACAAGUUCCGCAGGUGUGGGCACGAGGGGCCAGGACACACAGGCACACAUCUCCCCAUUCAUAGGCUGCAGAACAGCUACACAGCUUCCCAGAGGACCAACCAGGAGCUGGAGGACAAGCUGCACACGCUGAUCAAGAAGGCUGAGAUGGAUAGGAAGACACUGGAUUGGGAGAUCGUGGAGCUGACCAACAAGCUGCUGGAUGCCAAGAACACCAUCAACAAGCUGGAGGAGCUCAAUGAGCGGUACCGGCUGGACUGCAACCUGGCUGUGCAGCUCCUCAAGUGCAACAAGUCUCACUUCCGUAACCACAAGUUUGCCGAUCUGCCCUGUGAGCUACAGGACAUGGUUCGGAAACAUCUGCACAGUGGUCAAGAGGCUGCCAGCCUGGAACCUGCCCCUAGCUUGGCACCAGGGGCUGUGGUACCCACCUCCGUCAUUGCCCGGGUGUUGGAGAAGCCAGAGUCGCUACUGCUCAAUUCAGCCCAGUCAGGCAGUGCCGGGCGCCCCUUGGCUGAGGAUGUCUUUGUGCACGUGGACAUGAGUGGGGGUGCCCCAGGUGACCCAGCCAGUCCCUCAGCCCCUGGCAGCCCCACCCCCCAACCCAAUGGGGAGUGCCAAUCUCUGGGCACUGCUGGGGGCUCCCCAGAAGAGGAGCCACCCCUGCCGGCCUUUGAAAAGCUGAGCCCCUACCCCACCCCAUCUCCACCACACCCACUGUAUCCUGGCCGCAAGGUAAUAGAGUUCUCUGAGGAUAAGGUGCGAAUUCCGCGCAACAGCCCCCUGCCCAACUGCACUUAUGCUACGCGCCAGGCCAUUUCCCUGAGCCUGGUGGAGGAGGGGAGUGAGCGGGCCCGCCCCAGCCCAGUGCCCAGCAGCCCUGCCUCAGCCCAGGCUUCACCCCACCACCAGCCCAGCCCUGCCCCCCCAACACUCAGUGCCCCAGCCAGCUCUGCCAGCUCUGAGGAGGACCUCCUGGCCAGCUGGCAGCGGGCAUUUGUGGACCGUGCUCCACCCCCGGCCGCCGUGGCCCAGCGCACAGCCUUUGGACGUGACGCACUCCCUGAGCUGCAGCGCCAUUUUGCUCUUAGCCCAGCUGACAGAGAUGAGGAGGUUCUGGCACCCUCUCCCCCACCCAGUGAGCGUGGGAUUUUGCUGCUACCAGAACCUGACUCUGGCCUUCCCAGGGAGGAGGAGGAAGAAGAGCUGAACCUGCCCAUCAGCCCCGAGGAAGAGCGCCAGAGCCUGCUGCCCAGUGGUAGUGGCACAGAGGAGGGGCCUGGCACCUCUCACACUGAGGUUAGGACCUGGGCACUCCCCAGCUCCAGCCGCCCCCAGCGCAGCCCCAAGAGGAUGGGGGUGCACCACCUGCACCGUAAGGACAGCCUGACCCAGGCCCAGGAGCAGGGCAACCUGCUCAACUAGGGCCCCUGCUUGCCUUCCUGCCGCUGCUGCACUGGGACUGCAAGGAGGCCUGGACCCUUGCAGCUCAGGGUCCCCUGCCCACCCGAGCCCUUGAACUUUCCUCCCUCCAGGCCUGCACAGCUCUGUUCCCUGUGUGGAUGGGGUCAGGCGGUGGCCACAUCAGGCCUUUCAGCUGCAUUAACUGUGACUGGCACUGGCUUGCCUCAUGGUUUUUCCCCUUUCUUCUUAGAAUAUUUAUUCUCCAAAAGUAAUAUGCAGCCAGGGCUCAAGACCUUUCUUCCAAUCAGCCCAGCCCAAAUUGGGCUGUUCUGGGGAGCUGAGGGGUUUAUUACAUAAGUGUUCAUUCUCCAUCCUCCUCUCAAAUCCAUGAGUUUUGUUUGUUUUUUUCGGGCUGAGGGGUGUUGUUGGGAUUAUUAACCUCUAAUUUCUAUUUUUCACCUGUUUCCCUCUUCCCCAAAUCCCCUGCACGAGCUGUUGCCUUCAAGGGGCCUGGCAUGGCAGGCCCUCGGGGAUGAGGGAGAGGGCUGACUCAGGGCUCUCCUCAGCUGUUUCCUUCCUCCCUCUGGAAGGGAGUAGAGGGUGGGAUUCGGGGGCUUCAAGCUCAGCUCUAUGUGAGCCCUAGCCCCCCUCCCAACCUUGGCUCUAGACUGUUACUCCCAGCUGUGGGAAAUUUUCACACUGAUGACUUUUAAAAUUAAACAAAACUAUUUUACUGGUAUGGC